UGUUCGCACAAUGGAUAAGCUCUGUUCAUCGGAUGCUGCAGUGUCAUCGCUCUAAAGGCGAAAUAACUCAUAAUUUAACAUCUUUGUUAUCUGGAAAGGCUCCAGUAAAUCGACCGCGGUCAAGUGCCCGAACGCGAAGAUAACUCAAUGUUACCGCUAAUAAGACGGACGAUUGUAUCGUUACUGCGUUGAAAAAAGGACAACCUAUGACAUCUGUGGGCCCAUUCCGACUUAUCUGAGGUUGUGUCAAUCAGGUUUGCAUUCUCACCUCAUAGAAUGGCUGUGCUACGGCAGUUUGGAUUACUUCUGUGGAAGAACUACCUACAGCAGAAGCGGCAGAUUCUGGUGACGCUGGUGGAGGUCGCUCUGCCUCUGCUCUUCUCCGCCAUCCUGAUUGUCCUGCGCCAGCGGGUGCCCUUCAAAAACUACCCAAAUGCAACACACUACAACAGCUUCUCGGUGGACUACAUGCCCCUGCAUAUGGAGUUUGCCAACUUCCAGCUGGCCUAUGUCCCUGGCAAUGCCAGCGUGGUGCGCCAGGUGGCUGAAGAUGUGCAGCGCACCCUGGGGGUCAUGGCCAUCGGCUCUGUCCGUGGCUUCGAGACAGAAGAACACUUUGAAGAGUUUGUGAAGACAGAUCCUCACUCAGGGAAAGUUCUGGCUGCGGUGGUGUUUGAGAACACAUUCCUCCAUGAUGAUGACCCUCUUCCAUUAGAGGUGAGUUAUCACCUGCGGUUCCCAUACAGCCCCCGGUUUGCGCCUACCAAGGAGAGGUCGGAGCUGAACCCCAACAAUGACCUGGACUGGCACACGCUCAGCCUCUUCCCCCUCUUCCAGCUACCUGGGCCCCGGGAGCAGCACGACCCCCGGGGGGGCACGCCAGGAUAUUAUCGUGAGGGCUUUCUCACUCUGCAGCAUGCGGUGGACCGGGCUAUCAUGCGCGCGUACAACAAAACGGCGGCGAAGUCGCUGCUGGCUCACACGCGCGUGGUCGUGUCGCGCUUUCCUUACCCGGCCUUCAUCUACGACGUGUUCAUCCUGGUCAUCCAGAACCAGCUGCCCCUGCUGUUGGUGCUCAGCUUCACCUACACCUCCCUCAACAUCAUACGAGCCGUUGUGCAGGAGAAAGAGAGGAAACUCAAGGAGUACAUGCGAAUGAUGGGCCUCAGCAACUGGCUCCAUUGGACUGCCUGGUUCCUCAUGUUCCUCCUCUUCCUCUCCAUCUCCAUCUUCUUUGUCACGGUACUCGUCUGUGUGAAGGUCAGCACCAAAGGAGCUGUGUUGACCUACAGCGACCCAACCCUGGUGUUUGUGUUCCUGCUGGUGUUUGCCGUAGCAACCAUCAACUUUAGCUUCAUGAUCAGCUCUUUCUUCUGCAGAGCUAAUGUUGCAGCUGCAGCAGGUGGUUUUAUUUACUUCCUGAGUUACCUGCCUUACGUGUUCCUGUGGCCACGCUAUGACUUGCUGAGCCACGCCCAAAAAGUCUCCGCCUGCCUGAUCUCAAAUGUUGCCAUGGCGAUGGGAGCUCAGCUCAUCGGCAUGUUCGAAGGCAAAGGCACAGGGGUGCAGUGGAGUAAUCUGUUUGAGCCGGUGAGCGUGGACGAUGACUUCUCGCUGGCGCAGGUGAUGGGCUUGCUGCUGCUGGACGCUGUGCUCUAUGGCAUGUUGGCCUGCUACAUGGAGACCGUCUUCCCUGGGGAGUAUGGGGUCCCCCGGCCCUGGUACUACUUCCUGCUGCCCUCCUACUGGUGCAGCACCCCGCGUGUCGCCCUGCUGAAGGAGAAGGAGGAAGAGGAGGAUGCAGAGAAGGCGCUGAAGGGAGAGUUCAUAGAGGAGGAGCCAGCUGGUCUGGUGUCUGGAGUCAAGAUCAAGCAUCUAGCCAAGAUCUUCAAAGUGGGAAACAAGACAAAGGAAGCAGUGAGAGAUCUGACACUGAACAUGUUUGAGGGCCAGAUCACCGUUCUACUGGGACACAACGGAGCCGGCAAGACCACCACUUUAUCCAUGCUCACAGGUCUGUUUACGCCCACCAGUGGCAGGGCCUACAUUAACGGUUAUGACAUCAGUCAGGACAUGUCUCUUAUUCGCCGCAGUCUGGGCCUCUGUCCACAGCACGAUGUACUGUUUGAUAACCUGACAGUCCGAGAGCAUCUGCUAUUCUAUGCACAGCUGAAAGGGUACCCACAAGAGAAGAUUCCGGACGAAGUGGACCGGAUCCUCCGUGUGCUGAACCUGGAGGACAAACGGGACAGUCGCUCGAAGACUCUCUCUGGGGGCAUGAAGAGGAAGCUGUCCAUCGGCAUCGCGCUCAUCGGAGACUCUAAGGUGGUGAUGCUGGACGAGCCCACCUCCGGCAUGGACCCGUGCGCUCGGCGGGCCACCUGGGACCUGCUGCAGGGGGAGAAGCGCGGCCGCACCAUCCUGCUGACCACGCACUUCAUGGACGAGGCCGACCUGCUGGCCGACCGCAUCGCCAUCAUGGCCGCCGGAGAGCUGCAGUGCUGCGGCUCGCCGCUCUUCCUCAAGAACAAAUAUGGUGCUGGCUACCACAUGGUGAUAGUAAAAGAUGCCUUAUGUAAUGUGUCUGAGAUUACUCGACUCGUCCAUCUGUACGUGCCCAACGCCACUCUGGAGAGCAGCGCUGGAGCAGAGCUCUCCUACAUAUUGCCCAAAGAGAGCAGCAGCCGUUUUGAGCUUCUGUUUGCUGAGCUCGAAAUGAACCGAGAAGAGCUGGGCAUUGCCAGUUACGGAGCCUCUGUCACUACAAUGGAGGAAGUGUUUCUGAGAGUUGGGAAGCUGGUGGACUCCAGCCUGGACAUCCAGGCCAUCCAGCUGCCGGCCCUGCAGUACCAGCACGAGCGGCGCUCACACGACUGGACCAUGGACGACACCAGCAGCAUCAGUGGACUGACCGACGUCACCGAUUUUACAGACAGUGGCACACUAAUCUCGGAGGACUGCUCCAACAUUAAGCUCAAUACUGGGGAGCCAGACGGGCUUCGCCAUCGCCAUCAACCUGAUGUACGGCAUGGCCUCUCUGUCCAGCACCUUUGCACUCCUGCUGGUGACGGAGCGCGCGCUCAAGUGCAAGCACGUGCAGCAGGUCAGCGGCGUCUACCUGUCCAACUACUGGUUCUCCGCCCUGCUCUGGGACCUCAUCAACUUCCUGAUGCCCUGCCUGCUCAUGCUGGUGGUGUUCAGGGUGUUUGCGGUCAAGGCCUUUGUGGAGCACAACCACCUGGUGGACGUGCUGCUGGUGCUGCUGCUGUUCGGCUGGGCGGUGGUGCCGCUCAUGUACCUGCUCAGCUUCCUGUUCUCCACUGCGGCCACCGCCUACACCCGCCUCACCAUCUUCAACAUCAUCAGCGGCACGGCCACCUUCCUGGCCGUCACCAUCAUGACCAUUCCAGAGCUAAAACUACAGGACCUGUCUCACAUCCUGGACAAGGUCUUCCUGCUCUUCCCCAACUACUGUCUGGGCAUGUCCUUCAGCCAGUUCUACCAAAACUACGAGCUCAUUACCUUCUGCACCUCCAACCCUGUGGCAGGGGCCAUCUGCAAAGUAUACAACUUCACCUACCAGGAGAACUACUUCUCAAUGACGGCCCCGGGCAUCGGGCGCUUCCUUGUCGCCAUGGCGCUGCAGGGUCUGGUCUUCAUCGUGCUCCUCUUCCUUGUGGAGCUGCAGUGCGUGCGCACGCUGAGACGCGUGUUGAGCUCCCUCUGCAGGAGGCACAGGAAGGGGCUCUUACUGUCUGGAGCAGCAGCAUUGCAACCUGAGGACAGGGAUGUGGCUGAAGAGAGGAAGAGAGUUCUGGAGUGCCAGCCUGUGGUGGAGUCCAUGGUUGGGAGCCCUCUGAUCCUGCAGGAGCUCACCAAGGUGUACACAGGGGGGCCGACUCUGCUGGCGGUGGACCGUCUCUCCCUGGCCGUGGGCAAGGGCGAGUGCUUCGGCCUGCUGGGCUUCAACGGAGCGGGGAAGACCACUACCUUCAAGAUGCUCACCGGAGACGAGACCGUGACCUCAGGUGACGCCUACAUCGAUGGCUACAGCGUCCUGAGGGACAUCAAGAAGGUUCAGCAGCGAAUUGGAUACUGCCCUCAGUUCGAUGCCGUGCUGGAUCACAUGACCGGCCGUGAAACCCUGAGCAUGUACGCGAGGCUGAGGGGAGUGCCAGAGAAGUACGCCUCGGCCUGCGUAGAGAACGUGCUCCGCUCCCUUCUGCUGGAGCCCCACGCUGACAAGCUGGUCCGCAGCUACAGUGGGGGCAACAAGCGGAAACUGAGUGCUGGGAUGGCUCUGAUUGGUGGCCCACCAGUCAUCUUUCUGGACGAGCCAUCAACGGGCAUGGAUCCUGUUGCCAGGCGACUGUUGUGGGAUGCUGUCACCCGUACUCGCGAGUCUGGCAAAGCUGUCAUCAUCACUUCACACAGCAUGGAGGAGUGUGAGGCACUGUGCACCCGUCUGGCCGUGAUGGUGAACGGCCAGCUGAAGUGUCUGGGCAGUCCGCAGCACCUGAAGAGCAAGUUCGGCAGCGGCUACACCCUCCUGGCCAAGGUGCGGCUGGAGAGCGAGGUGGAGGAGACACAGCUGCAGCUCUUCAAAGAGUUCAUCGAGUCCACAUUCCCAGGGAGCCUAUUGAAGGAUGAACACCAGGGCAUGGUGCACUACCACUUGACUGACAAAAGCUUGACAUGGGCUCAGGUCUUUGGGACCCUUGAGGCAGCCAAAGAGAAGUAUGGCAUCGAAGACUACUGUGUGAGUCAGAUCUCUCUGGAGCAGGUGUUCCUGAGCUUCGCUCAAUUCCAGCACUGUGCCGAGGGGGCUCGCAAGUGAAGGAGAGGGGUGGGCCCCUACUCAGUCUCCCCCCUCGCCACCCCCCACCCAGGCUGCGCACACCGAACGUCCGUCCGUCCGUCCGUCCGUCCAUCCGUGCAGGGCUUGUGCAAGCGGACACUCUCCUCGAGGCUCCACCAGAGGACUGCUCAGGUCUCCAUCACCACACUCUCCAACCAAUACUGGCACAAGCCUCAACCACAGUGCAACUCCGAACGUUGUUAGUAGGCAAAAUGUGGAGUGUCUGCUGUCCUUUGGUGUGUGUGUGUGUGUGCGCGCGUGCGUGUGUGUGUGUGUGUGUGUGCCAGUCAUGUGAUCAUGGGAAGUGUACUGGGGGUGAGCUGAGUGCACACAUGGGUUCGAGUCUUAGAUAUUGCACCUUUUUGUUUUUCUUUUUUGAAAAGACAUGAAAGUACAUUACUACUGGAGAUGAAGUUUAUUCCGCACUCCUUUAAAAUGGUCUGUUGGGCAGAUCAGGUAUCUACAAUUGAUGUGUGUUUUUGUGCAGCCUUUUUGUUGCUGUGUCUGUGUUCGUUACAGCAUUCGCUAAGGCUUUUGUUUUCCUCCACUGUCUGUUGCUGUGGUCUGAAGUGGCGGCAUCUCACUGUAAACGCGUGGGAUCGUGUGAAGUGUAAAUAGUCCGAUCAUUCCUUUAAUAACUCUUCCCUCCAGCCAGAGCCAUUCAGGUCAAGUACAAAUAGGCAUGCUGACAUGGAAACCUUCUUAUGAGAGAAACGCAUGGCAUUAGAAUGAACUGUCCGGAACAAGCCUGUACAAAAGGUUUCACCUUGAGUCUCCCAGGCCUUCGGAGAGACGUUGUAUUGGGACACAUCCUGGGAACAAAAGUACUUGGAGGCCUCAGAAUGUCUUUUUUUAUGGUAUCUGUGCUGCUUACAUGCCGUCCAUUUUGCACUAACAUGCGUU